AUGAACGCCCAGCGGGUAGGCGUGAUGGCGCUCCGGAGAGCUGCCGCCAAGCCCUCGAUGGCCCUCGUCGCCCCGAGCAUCGCCCGCGGCCUCAUCGUCCGCUCCGCCCUCCAGGCCCAGACCCUCCAGUCCCGCGCCAUCACCACCCAGAAGCUCUCCCACGACGAAGCCAAUAAGGUCCUCGCCUCCCAGCGCCUCAACCGCCCCGUCGCGCCCCAUCUCACCAUCUACGACCCGGCCCAGAUCUGGUACGGCGCCUCCAUUAUGCAGCGCUACACCGGCAUGGCCUACGCCGGCGCCUUGUAUGCCGGCUCCCUCGCCUACCUGGCCGCCCCGCUGCUCGGCUGGCACCUCGAGUCGGCCAGCCUCGUGGCCUUUGCCGCCAGCCUGCCCGUCACCGCCAAGGUGGUCCUCAAGACGCUGGCGGCCUUCCCCUUCCUGUUCCACUCGUUCAACGGCGUGCGCCACCUCGUGUGGGACGCGGCCGUCAAGGGCUUCGCCAAGGCGGACAUUGCCAAGGCGACGAAUGCCAUCUGGGUGGCCAGCGUGAUUGGCAGCCUGGGCCUGGCUCUGCUAUGGUAG